AUUUACUUAUCGGAAACUAGAUGAACCAGGGCGUUUCUGAUGGCGGCGGCGGCGGCGAUGCAUAUAUCGACGGAAUUCAUCAAUCUGAAACCCAACAUCUGGAAGAAGCCUGAUCGGGCCUCGGGUUCUUGCUGUCUGGGCAGUGAUGAUAUCUCUCGGAAAAGGAAGCUUCCGAUUCUCCUCUUCGACGUCAUGGACACCAUCGUCCGUGACCCCUUUUACCACGACGUUCCGGCCUUCUUCGGAAUGCCAAUGAAGGAACUACUAGAGUGCAAGCACCCGAUGGCCUGGAUCGAAUUUGAAAAGGGUUUGAUUGACGAGGAGGAGCUUGCAAGAAAGUUCUUUAUAGAUGGGAGGGACUUUGAUUUGGAAGGGCUUAAGGAUUGCAUGAGGUCAGGAUACUCCUACUUAGAUGGCAUGCAAGAGCUUCUUCACACUUUGGCUGCUGACGACUUCGAGAUUCAUGCUUUCACUAACUAUCCCAUCUGGUACAACAUUAUCGAAGACAAGUUAAAGCUCUCUGCCUACUUAUCAUGGACGUUUUGUUCCUGUAUUUCUGGGAAGAGAAAGCCUGAUCCAGACUUCUAUCUCGAGGUUGUGGGACAUCUCGGAGUUGAACCUUGCGACUGUAUAUUCAUUGAUGACAGGCCAACCAACGUCAAGUGUGCAAUAGAGAUAGGGAUGGGUGGGUUAUGUUUUCAGAAUGCAGAGUCGCUCGCUAAGGAUCUCUCACAUCUAGGGAUCGACCUCUCUGUACCCAAUAUAUGAUUGGAUGUAAUUGUAAUUUGUUUCGCAUCUUGAAUGUAUUGCAUCAGAGAAUUACUCAUAAGAGAAAUACAUUGUU